CGGCUGCCCAAAUUGAUUGUGCGCCUGACUAUCGAAGCGACGACAACCACGACAAACGGGAACGACUUUUGAUCUUGCGGGUCAUUCCUUCGACUUUCUUUCCUUGCCCGCUCCCCAGAGAAACGCCGACACAAUGCCUUCGGAACAAGGACACCGCCUCUACGUCAAGGGACGUCACCUGAGCUUCCAGCGCAGCAAGCACGCCCUCACCCAAAACACCAGCUUGGUCAAGAUUGAGGGUGUUGAUGACACCAAGUCCGCCAACUUCUACCUCGGCAAGAAGGUCGCUUUCGUUUACCGUGCUAAGCGUGAGGUCCGCGGCUCCAACAUUCGGGUGAUCUGGGGCAAGGUCACCCGGCCGCACGGCAACUCCGGUGUUGUGCGCGCCAAGUUCCGCCACAACCUCCCCCCCAAGUCCCUCGGCGCUACCGUCCGCGUUAUGCUCUACCCCUCCAACAUCUAAACGGAUUCUCUGUGUUGUUUUUAGUGGGCGAUUCCCUUCUUCGCACAGACGGUCGGUCAGGCAAGGAAAAGUCGACGGAACGAGCCGAUGUUGAUUUGAGGUGAUGGAGUUGGCGGGUUGAUAACGUUUUGUUCGUGGGAGAAGGCAGGGCCAACAAAGCCCUACGAAUCAAAAAAAUUACACUUUCAUAGCUGUGUCGGCCCCAAGAUACUGGGAACGAGCUCCGUCUCGACAUUUCUCCUUGUUCUUAC